AUGCCCAAGCCGGUAACCAAGAAGCACCUGACUCCUCAGGAGAUCGUGGAGAUAUGUGCUUGCCUGAGGAACAUGAGGGGUCAGGGAACCCUGACAGAGAAGGAAACGCUUCUGGUUUUGCAUGUGUACAUGCAGUUGAAAUUGGCACACUUGGAGAACCGGAGGAAGUCCAAGGGCAAGCGCUCGAAUGGCCAGGUCGAUGAACGUGCUGCUAAGCAGUUGGGGGUUGGCCUCAGCACUGUGCGUCGGAAGUAUGCAAUGCUCAACAAGCUGUUGCGAGAGCACGGCAUAGAUGUGUAUCUCGAUGAAUCAUGCAUUGACAGGAACUACAACAGCAACAGAGACUCCCUGUAUGACCCCAACGACGGUCAAGACAUGCACAGUCAUCGCAAGAUCAAGCGGGGUCGGCGCUACUGCUUUGCCCUCGCAGUUCAGGGCCCGGAUCCGCGCGUGUGCACCGUCAGUGACCGCAACGACCGCGCCCUCGCCGGUCCUGUUCCAGGCACGAGCUGGAUCUUCGACCCUGGCAGCGCACUGCAGCGUGAGCGGCGACAACAACAACAGCAGCAACAACAACAACAACAACAACAACAACAACAACAACAACAACAACAACAACAACAACAACAACAACAACAACAACAACAACAACAACAACAACAACAACAGCAGCAGCAACAACAACAACAACAACAACAACAACAACAACAACAGCAACAGCAGCAACAGCAGCAGCAGCAGCAAGCACCACCACCUCCUCCUCCGCAACCAUCAUCGUCACUUCAACCCCAAACACGAAUGUUUGUCUGGGAAUCAUGA